AUGGAUCGUGGCGUCAGCCUGAAGAACCCCUAUGCCAGUGUCAACAUCCCACGGGACCAGUUCCAGCAAAGCUUUAUCACUCGCUACCUGAAGGAUGAGCCCACCAUCAUUGCCAACCCUGCAGCUGUGCCCACCUACGGCGUGGAGGAGCAGGCGGACCCCACUGGCAGCUGCAACAGCCCAACCAUUUCCACAGAGAAGUCCUGGUCCCAUCCCUACAACCCCUAUGCCAGCCUGAGGAUGCCCAACAGGGAAUCGCCCGACUCCUUCUACACCAUCACCCUGGACAAACCACCCAAGGGCCAGGAGUGCGAGGCCAGCAGGGGAUGCGGCUGCUGCAAGUUCUGCCCCUGCUGCAGAAAGUGCUGUUGUGUUAUCUCCUAA